AUGUCGAUGAAUAAGAGCAAUAUCAGGGAGUACAAAUUAGUAGUAGUAGGUGGAGGUGGUGUAGGUAAAUCUGCUUUAACAAUUCAAUUGAUCCAUUCACACUUCGUAGAUGAAUACGAUCCCACCAUUGAGGAUUCCUACAGAAAGCAAGUCGUCAUCGAUGAAAAAGUGACUAUCUUGGACAUCUUAGACACUGCGGGUCAAGAAGAAUAUUCGGCCAUGAGAGAACAGUACAUGCGGACAGGUGAAGGGUUCCUAUUGGUGUAUUCCGUGACUUCCAGAACGUCCUUUGAAGAAUUGAUGACGUACUACCAACAGAUCCAGCGUGUGAAGGACGCAGACUACAUUCCUGUUGUCGUCGUGGGAAAUAAAUCUGAUUUGGAAGAUGAGAGACAAGUCUCUUAUGAAGAUGGUGUAUAUUUAGCAAAACAAAUGAAUGCGCCGUUUUUAGAAACCUCUGCAAAACAAGCUAUUCAUGUCGAAGACGCCUUCUACACUCUGGUACGUUUAGUCAGAGACAAUGGCGGGGCAUUCAAUAAGAAUCUUGAAAACUCUUUCACUAAUACUAAUACAAUUACAAACUCAACGGUUGGAAAUACACAAAAGAAUAAUACUGCCACUACUCCUACUAUUAAUAAUAAUGACAUCAACGACAACAACGACAAUAAUAGAGGGUAUCACGGUGUUGAGAAUGGUUACACACAAGUAGACGGUUCAAAUAUACAAUCACAAGAAAAUGAUUAUAACAGACAAUCACAAGGUGAAUAUGUCGAAAAUGGUGCAGUACCACAAACGGAAAUCAAUAAUACUAUACCUAGAAGAUCAUCAAUAUCUUCGUCGUGCGUAUCAUCGCCGUCUCGUUUCACUAAUAAGAACAAUAAUACAGAGAUAAUACCGAAUGGAAAUAAUAACAAUAACACUACUGCUACUCCUAAUAAUAAUAACAGACAAGGGGAUAUUUCUGAAGAACAACAGACUGCUCACUCCACUAAAAAACAUACUUCGUCAAAGUCGAAGACUCAUCAUAAUACUGGUAAGGCAGCUAGAGAAAAUCAAUCGGGCCCUGCUGCCACUACUGCUGCCACCCAAACUAAUGCAGCUGACAAAAGUUCAAGCAGCGGCGGAUGUUGUGUCAUUUGUUAA